CUUUUUAUUAGUUUGACUACCUGUGGUUUGUGGCGCCUAAAAAAGAUUCCUGGAAGAAAUGGCGAAGUCGAGUGCAAAGCCGCGGACCACACUAACGGAAGAUGAGCUUUAUGAAAUAGAGAAGCAAGAGUUUGAAACUGGACCUCUUUCAGUAUUGACGAAUGCAGUGAAGAACAACACACAGGUCCUUAUCAAUUGUCGAAACAAUAAGAAACUUCUAGCCCGAGUGAAAGCAUUUGACCGACAUUGCAAUAUGGUACUAGAAAAUGUCAAAGAGAUGUGGACUGAAGUACCUCGACCGGGUAAAGGCAGAAAAAAGUCUAAGCCAGUGAAUAAAGACAGAUUCAUCAGUAAAUUAUUUUUACGUGGUGACUCUGUUAUUAUUGUCCUUCGAAAUCCGCUGGCUACUGCUGCUGCAGUUGCUGCACCUAGAUCAUAGUGUUAUUCUGAAUCAUUUUAUAAUUCUGCACCAAUAUAUUGGUUUUGAAAAAUAAACUUGAAUGUAUGCUCAACGA